AUGGGGCCCUCAGGGGCCCCUGGCAGCCAACACGCAGCAAAGGGGAUGUUGGGGGCCCCACAGGGUAAUGCUAGGGAUAGCCCAUCAGCAACGGAAGAAGAAGCCCUAGCAUCGAAGACGGCCGCAGCAGCAACAACACCUACAAGUGCAGCCACUGUAACAGCAGCAGCAGCGCCACCAGUAGCAUCAACAGCCUCCCCAGAAGCAUCAGCAACACUGCAGUCGGUGACAGGCUGUCGGACACAACGCCCUACAAAAGCGGCUGAGCCUUUGCAUUCAGAUUGUCGUCAACAGAAGCGCGAGCAGCAGCAGCGUGAGCAGCAUGAGAAGCAUGAGCAGCAUGAGCACUAUGUGCAUCAGCAGCAUCAGCAGUAUGAGCAGCACCAGCAUCAUCAGCAUGAGCAGCACCAGCAUCAUCAGCAUGAGCAGCACCAGCAUCAGCAGCCUGAGCAGCAACAGAAUCAGCAGCACCAGCAGCAGGAGCAAGGGCAACAUCAGCAACAACACCGUCAACACGAGCACCAACGGCAGCAAUCAGGGCUACAACUGCGUGCAAAUCAGCAACAACAGCAGCAGGGAAAAAAGCAGAGGAGGCAGCAGCAGCCAAAGCAGCAGAUAUCGGUGCUGCAGCGGCUGCUGCAGGAGCUUGAUGAGGCCGGAGAGGCCCAUACGAGCGACGACAGCAGCAGCAGGGUGUUGAAACAGAAGCAGCAACAGCAGCAGCAACAGCAGCUGCAGCUAGCAAAGAGGCAGGCACUGCUACGGGCAGCAGCUGCUGUUGCUUCUGAUACUGGGUUGGAGUGUCUGUACACCUGGAAGCCACUUCACGUUGCUUCGGACAGAUCCCCCUCAGCUGCUUGUUCGCGCUGUAGUGCGAACACCCGCCGCCGCUUGCGACGCCCGUACUUGGAGCUCCAGGAAGAUGCUGCAGCAGCACCAAAUCACGUAGCUGUAGCAGCUGAAGCAGUCGCUGCAUAUGACGCAAAUGGAACUGCAACGGCAGCAGCAGGAACGGUGACGGCAGCAAUAGCAACAAUACCGCCAGCAACGGUCAUACUAGGCCCUGUUACAGAAAAUGACCUUGACACAAGUUGUGCUGCAGAAGAACAACCAGCAGCAGCAGCAGUAGGGACAGCAGCAGCAGCUGGAACGGCAGCAGCAGCAGCAACACGAGCGUUAGCAGCGGGUGCUGCGCAGCACACCUGCAGCUGCCAGCAUCACUUCGGCGCCUUAUUGGAGGCUAGAGGCUCCAACACUCUCAGGUUGUCUCUUGUUGCUGCUGAGCAGCCUUCAGGCCCGCUUUUUCCUACAGUAUCAGCAGCAGUAACUGCAGCAAACAUAGUAGCAACGGCAGCAACACAGGAGGGUGGAAGCGCGGCGCCGACAAAUGCCGGCCCUGGAUCAGCAAUUCCAGCUACCGCAGCAGUCGCUGUUGAUACUCCUCGUGCUGCUGCUUCUCCUGCUGGUGCAUUCGCGUCCCCUGUUGCUGCUGUUGCGGCUGCAGAAACAGCCCCAGCUGCGCCUCGAAUCGCUGCGGAAUGUGCGCUGCGGGCAGAUGCAGCACUGAGGAGUUUGGGGGAAGAUUUGCUUCAGGUGCUGACAACCAAAAGACACCUCCUGCCACUGUGCCUCCGUGCCGUUGUGCUUCGCGCUGCACCUGCAGGUGCUGCUGCUACUCCUACUGCUGACCUUGCUACUCCUGGUGAACCUGAGGGAGCGGGUGGACCAGCAGAGGAUGCAGAAACAGCAGCAGGUGCAACAGGCAGCAGGAGGAGGCCCUCAGCACGGCGGAAACGGCAUGUCUCAGCUGCGGAGGAUCUUCUUGAAGGGCUUAUACCGAUCAGCAGCAGCAGCAACAGCAGGAAGUGGGUGUGGGUAGUUAAGGUUUCUCUUUGUCUAAUGACAAACUGUUGCGGCUCCCCUCGCGACGCGCCGCCAAUCUUCUCGGAGUGCCGAGCCAAAGCAGCACAAUGGCUUUUCGGCAGGAUGCUAGGUCAAACGUCUGUGCUUCCUGCCGCAGCAACUGCUCCAGCAGGAGAGGGGACGGCGACUCCGCGGCAUUUCUUCGUGAGCCCUUCUUUUAUAUACAACCUUGUGUCUCAGAGGCGCGCCGCGCACGAACAGGAGCAGCAUCUAGAGGAUCAACUUCACGGCAGCCGCACGGGCAGCAGCAUCAGUACCAGGAAACGAAGUGUGGCGUUUGCAGGAGUGGAGCUGCUGUCCCCGCCGGGGCUGCGAUGUCGGCUGCGGCCAUAUCAGCAGCGCGCUGUCCUCUUUGCCCUGUUCAGAGAGUGGCGGACCCUCCUUAGCAGCAGCAACAGCAGUAGCACUAGCUACGUUAACAACCGUUGGGAAUACAGCGUGGAGGACCUAGGGCUACAGCAGCAGCAACUGCUGCACGCCCUCCAGCGGCAGCAGCAGAUGAAACAGCAGGUUAAUCUGAUGUGGCAUAAAGUGCUGCUGCCUUCUGCUGCUGCCGUUUGGGUCAAUCAGACCACUGGCCAGGUUGCUGUUUGUUCGCAAGCAGCACCAGCGAUAGCAGCAGCAACAGAUGCCGUUUCGGCGGCAGGAGCUGCAACAGCGGGACCGAUUGAUGUUCCACCGACAGCCGCAGCAGCAUCUCCAGCACUCUCAUCAUCUGCAUCUGCACCGCCAUUCGGAGCAGAAGGAGCAGCAAAACCAACAAAACCAACAGCCAAACCAACAUCAGAAAGUGAAGCAUGUGUGGGCUUCGACGUACGUGGUGGUUUGCUGUGUGACUCGAUGGGACUGGGGAAGAGUGUGGAGGUGAUAGCCCUCAUCUUGGCAAACCCCAAACCCCAAUCCACUGUUGCUGCAGAUGUUGAUGCUGCAACAAACACAGCAGCAACAGUAGAAGUACCAGCAGCAAAGGGAGCUAUUUACAGCUGGGGAGACAAGAUGCCCCCUGAUAGUCUUAUCUGCUGCAUCUGCGCUGCUGACACGUUGGGGCCCCUCGGCGUCAAGGGGGGACGCAGGUGGAACCCGCGGCAGCCUUCACGGACCCUACAGAAGCAGCUGCAGAAGCAGCAACAGCAGAAGCAGCAGCAACUGGAACAGAAACAACAGCAGCAGCACCAAGAGCCAGAUUGUUCGCUGCUACGGCAAGAGGUUGCCGCCUGCAGCAACAGCAACUGGAACAGAAGCAGCAGCACCGCGUCAUAUGCUACCAGCAGCAGCAGCACGAGCACCAACGGCGCCAUCACUACAAGCAGGAGCAACAGCAGCGCCUCCGUUGUCAGCAGCAGCAGCAACAACACCACCUCUGGAAUUAAAUCAAACAACAACUUCAGCAGCAACUGCGGCAGCAAGUUGCCCCAAUCUCGGGGGACACUCCUUGUUUGCCCUGCAGCAAUCGUGACAGGGCUUGCUCGAGCUGAGGAGAAAACACUAACACUCUCUGGUGACCCCACGUCAACUGACCGGCGCGCCAACCGUGGGCCCCGUGCAGCAGCAGCAGCAGCAGCAGGUGAAGGGGCCUCUUCUCAGGGGACCUGUAGCCUGUCAGUGUCUCCUGAUGCUGUCGCGAACGCUCUAGGGGGGGCCCCUGAGGGGCCACACGUGCUUCUACCGCAGCUGUUGGACUAUGACCUCGUGAUCGUGCCUUUCGAGGCACUGCAGCAGGAGGUUUGGUUUGCUCCUCCUUUCAGCCUCAGCGGCGCUAGCAGCAACGGCAACAACAGCAACAGCAGCAGUAGGAUGGCCCUGCGAGGCACGAAGCGGUAUCGCAAACUUUUCUCCCCCAUUUUAGGCAUACGAUGGUGGCGGCUUGUCAUCGACGAGGCUCAGCUGGCCGGCGGUUUCAGUGGGGCGGCGCGUUUAUGCCAUUCCAUUGAAGCUGUUCAUCGGUGGUGUGUCUCGGGUACUCCGCUUUUAGACGAAUUGGCUGGAGAGGGACCUCUGGGGCCUCCAGGAACUCACAAGGGGGCCCCGCAAGCGCCGCGAGGCUCUCUGCUGCCUCGUGAACUCGCAGGACUUCUUGCAGCGCUGCGCCUUUCCAUGGACUGCAUAUAUCACGCGGGGCCUGCGUUGCUGCAGCGGGCGUUUCAAGGCCUUUCUCUGCCGCUGCCGCAGAGCGCCCUAGAGGACGACGACCCUUCCAGCAACAGCAGAAGCAGCAUUUUAGAAGGACAUGUGGGGCCCCGGUGGGGCCUCACGGGCUUCGCUCUUAACGCUGCUGUUGACUUGUUGACCCCGUUGAUGUGGAGGACAGAAAUGAGCGGGGUUAAGGUGUGCGCAGAGGUGUCUGAGGAACUCGGAGUGCCUCCCCCUAUAAUUCAUGACAUUUGGGUGGAGUUGGGGCCCGUUGAGCGUUUCUUCUAUCAGCGGCAGCAGCGGGCUGUGGCGCAGCGCGUGCUGAGGCUUUGCAGCAGGCAGCAGCAACAGCAACAUCAGCAGCAAACGGACGGGGGGAGGCGAUGCGGCGCUGGCGGUUGCAACAAGGCAGCAACAGCAGUAGGAGCAUUAGCAGCAGCAGGUGCUGCUGAUGAAAAGGGCCGCGUUGCUGCUGCAUUCUCUUCUCAAAUGGCUGCGAUGCUACUUGUGCUGCGGCAGGCAGCAAACCAUCCGCAGCUGGGGGCAUUGGGCCUCAGCAGCCGGCGCAGCAACAAUAGCAGCAACAGCAGCAGCAGCAGCAAUGGAGCGGUAUCCCGCAGGACAGAAGGCUUGGAGGGUGUCGGCCGCUAUAUGUCAAUGGAUGAAGUACUCUGCCGCCUCCUCGGAGACGCCCGAGUAGAGUUGGAGGAGGCACUGCGGGCCUACUGCGCUGAGGUUAACGGCAUCGCUGGCCUCUCGCUGCUGCAGGGAAGACCAGCCCGUGCUGCGCUUCUCUACCUGCACGUGCUGGAGCUUUCGCGGCGUUCGGUGGGAGGGCCUGACUUGGGGCGGACCCUUGCCGAUUAUUUGGGGGCCCCUGAGGAGACAGUUGGGCCCCUCACUUUGGGCCCAACUCUUUUCCACCCACUAAGAGCAGCAGGACACCAUAUAGACAAACUGCAACAAAUCCAUGCAGCUUUCAACCUACACCAGACUCUUUCGAAAGGGCCUCUGAAGACCUCCGCCAGCAUCAGCAGCAGCGGAGGUGGCAGCAGCAGAAGCAGAACAGAGGGGGACCGGGAAAAAGUUGUGCUUCUGGGGGGCAGCGGUGGUACGGCUGUGGCAUCAACAGGGCAACAAGCAACGCGAGCUGCUGCUGCAGGAACAGCAGCAGGGAACGACUCGACAUCAGCCCUUUCCUCCUCUCCAGUGGUAGAACCUGCCUCGGGUGCAUCAACAGUAUCCGCAGCAGCAGCAGCAUCAGCACAGGCAGCGGUAACACUACCAGCAAGAGGUGAAGCACAUGCCGCUGCGGCAGUAGACUUGGCAUGUGCCUCAUCAACGGCAGCAACCCCAUCAGCAUCGUCAGCAGCAAGAUCGUCAGGAGGAGGAGCAGCAGCAGCUGCUGCUGCUGCUUGGGAUUUGUUUCAGCGUUUGCGCAGCGAGUAUGCCUCUAAGGCUGUAGGAGAGCUGGUGCGAGUAAGGGAGGCCUUCAGGUUAAGAUUUGCAGAGACAGAAAAACUGCGAAAUGAGCGGGUAUUAGUUUGUGCAGGUAAGAAAUGCCCCCCAGACAAGGCUAUGGGGGCCCCAGGUAGCGCCAAGCGCAGCAGUACCCAGGGCACAGCAAGAGCAACAACAGAUUCCGGUUGCCCCAUGGAAGAGGCGAGGGGCUUCCGUGAACAACAGGGGCCCCUGGGACCCGAACACAACCCUGACGUGGGCAUGGAGAAGAGCAGCAGCAAUAAGGGAAGCUCCCCUAGCCACGAUGGGGAAACGGCGCUGCAGGAGCUGCUGCAGGCAGAAGAAUGGAGAAGAAAAAUGGGAGGAGGGCGGUGGUUUGUAGCCCUGGCAGGACUCGAAGAGGAACGCAGCAGAGCCCUCGCUGCCAGGGUGCGUGAGGAGUUAUUCAGCUCGCGCGGAAGCAGCAGCAGGGAGGAACGCUGGGGCUGGCAGCUUGCUGCUGGAUGCGCCGCAAAGAAAUUCCAUUUGGGGGGAGUCACUAGUUGCAGGGGUUUAGUGGCAGCUCUCGAAAUGGCCCUCGAUGAGCUCGACAGCAAGCGAGAAGAGCUCAUACGCACGUUGGAGUCGCUCGACCACGGGGGAAGCCCGUCGCCGCAGCUGCAAGCAGCAUUUGGGUCUUGUCCCCGCUGCAAUGAGUUGUUUCAGGCGGACAUCCUGCACCUGCAGCAGCAGCAACAGCGGAGCAGAACUUGCAGCCAAACCGCCAACCUCUACCUGCCGCCGCAGCAGCAGCUCGGCAGCAACUCAUCGCCACGCAAACGCAGAAAGAAGGGGAGAGCGGAGGAGCGGCUCCCGGGCUCUCUCUGUUUCCACUGCGUAGCAGCCCAGAAAAUCACCAACUUACAGUACUUUCUCUACAAUCGCGUUUCAAAGAAUCUGGAUGCUGUCACGGCGGAUCCCUCCAGUAAUAUUGAGGGCUACCACCACUUUGGAGACAGCGAACUGCUGCGGUGCCUGCAGUUACUCUGCAGCUUCACACGCAAAGACAACGGAGCGGUUUUGUGGGGCCACUUAGGGGCAGCAGCAGAAAUCCAUCUUAAGGAGUUUGAAAGCCUCAAGAGAGAGUUGUCUGCUGCUGGUGCAUAUCUACUGGGCAGCCGAGGUGUUCUAUCUGCCUUCGAUGAACUGCGCAUGUCAGUCGCUCGUUUCUUUUUAAAGACAACAAAAAACGGUUCCUGCAUUCCUGCUUCUCCUUGUGCUGCUGCUGCUGCAUCACCUGACGCUAGUGUAGCAGCAGUUGCAUCUCCAGCAGCAGGACAUGCAACAACAGCAGCAGCAGCAAUCCAGCCAGGAGGACCAGUCGAAGCCGCACCUACCGCAGAAACAGAGACAGAAGCUGUUCAACUCGGACUAGAACCAACAACAAUAACAACAACAACAGCAGCAGCAGCAGCAGCCGCAGCAGCAACAGAAGCAGCUGCCUGGUCAGCAGAAGCAUCGUUGCGGCAAGAGCUGCUGCAGCAACGCUGUGGUUUGAGUCCCCUGGAAGUUUCUGUUGUCUCUUCUGAGCUAUUAGCUGCCUUGCAGUUUUCAAGGGAUAGAAUUGUUAUUUGCUUUACACGCCACCAAUACCUCAAGUCUUUAAAAGAUAAACAAAACAAAAUCAUUAAACCCCCUCCUGCUCCUCCUCCGCCUGCUGCUCCUACAGCACCUGCUGCUGCAGAGAUUCCUGCAGGGGCUGCUGAUCCAGCUGGUGACGUUGCUGCUGAUGCUGCUGCUGCUCCUGGUGUUAGGGACAAUUCUAUGCAGGCAAUUGCAACAACAGAAGAAGUGAAGGGAGUGGACACAAGGACUCCUGAAGCAAUCGAGAGGUCCUCAAGAGCUGCCGCUGCUGCAGUGUUUAGGCAACAGCAACAGCAGCAGCAGCAGCAAGCCCAAUGCGAGCAGAAGCAGGAGCAAGGCCAAGGUUGGCAGGACCACUUGUUAGGGCAACAACCUGCUGUCAAGGAGGAGACAGAACAACAACGGAAGCAUCCACAGGAGCAACAUGAGAAGCAGGAGCAACAGCAACAGCUCCAGCACGAGCAGCAGCAGCAGCAACAGCAACAAAAGCAACGACAGCAGGACGAAGAAGAGCCUCAACGCUGCCCCAUUUGUUUACAGGGGCUGCAGGCUGGGGACUGUGUGGUGGUGCUUCCAUGUGGGCAUUCGAUUUGCCUCUUGUGUCUGCAGAAGCUGCAGAAGCAGCAGCAGAAGCAGCAGAAGCAGCAGCAGCAGCGACAGACACAGCAAAAGGGGCCCUUCCUCCGGUGUGUUAUCUGUCGCCAGGGGUUCAGCCUCUCGGGUGCAGCUCUUGUGACAUCUGCUGCUAAUGCUUCUUCCGAAGCCUCCAGAACUACAGAUAGCCAGCAGCCGCAGCAGCAGAAGCAGCAAGCGACUUCUGACGACUCGCGCAUUCCCUCUCCCGAGCACGACCUAAGGAAUACCGAAGUGCGAGUUUGCGUCUUUUGA